CUCCAGAGCUUACUAGCCUAGCGGGAAGGCCGACGCACAUGGAGAAUCAAAGCAGUAGCUCAAGCUCGUCGACGAUGAUCCUCCACAACGCCCUGAUUGUCACCAUGGACGCCGAAAGCCGAGUGUUUCGGAACGGCGCGAUCGUCAUCGAGCACGAAGAAAUCAAAGCCAUUGGACACUCUCCUCAAAUCCUUCAACAAUUCUCGGAUUCCGACCACCAGAGUGUCGAUCUCCGCGGCCAAAUCUUGCUUCCCGGAUUCAUCAAUACACACGUCCACACAUCACAGCAGCUAGGUAGGGGAAUAGCUGAUGAUGUUGAUCUGAUGACAUGGUUGCAUAAUCGCAUUUGGCCUUAUGAGUCCAACAUGACUGAGGAGGAUUCAUACAUCUCCACUCUUCUUUGUGGAAUCGAACUUAUUCACUCUGGUGUCACCUGCUUUGCUGAAGCAGGAGGGCAGCAUGUUGCUGGAAUGGCAAGAGCAGUUGAGUUGCUGGGAUUGCGAGCGUGCUUAGCACAGUCAAUUAUGGACAGUGGUGAAGGUUUGCCAGCAUCUUGGGCUGUUCGAACCACAGAUGACUGUAUCCAGUUUCAAAAGGGGCUUUAUGAGAAGCACCACAAUACAGCAGAUGGCCGCAUUAGAGUAUGGCUUGGAAUUAGGCAAAUUAUGAACUCAACUGAUCAUUUACUGGUCAAAACAAGAGAUAUGGCCAAAGAACUGAAAACUGGGAUCCAUAUGCAUGUUGCAGAGAUACCCUACGAAAACGAUCUUGUGAUGGAAACUCGAAAAGUUGAUCAUGGGACAGUUACUUUCUUGAACAAGAUAGACUUUCUGCAGGACAACUUGCUGGCAGCUCAUACAGUUUGGGUCAAUAACACUGAGAUUGAUCUUCUUUCAAGAGCAGGUGUCAAAGUUUCUCAUUGCCCUGCUGCUGCAAUGCGUAUGCUUGGAUUUUGCCCUGUAAGGGAGAUGCUCAAUGCUGGCAUCUGUGUCUCUUUGGGCACAGAUGGUGCACCAUCAAAUAAUAGGAUGAGCAUUGUCGAUGAGAUGUAUCUGGCUUCUCUAAUCAACAAAGGACGGGAAGUCUAUGCAAAUGGAACAACUGAUCCCACAGCUCUUCCUGCAGAAACAGUUCUAAAAAUGGCAACAAUAAAUGGUGCGAAAUCAGUACUCUGGGACAAUGAAAUAGGGUCCCUUGAGGUGGGAAAAAAGGCUGACUUGGUCGUGGUCAAUCCUUUCUCUUGGCCUAUGGUUCCCAUUCAUGACUGUAUUUCCAGCCUUGUAUAUUGCAUGCGAACCGAGAAUGUUGUCUCCGUGAUAUGCAAUGGCAAGUGGAUUAUGAAAGAUAAGAAGAUCUUAAAUGUGAAUGAGGAGGAAGUAAUUUCGGCAGCGAAACAAGCUUCAAGUGAACUUUUGAGGAGAGCAGGCAUAAAAAUUCCAACCAGGAUGAAUGUCCUCUGAUUCUUUUAGAGAAAAGCUUCUCUUCUUGUUGUCAUUAAGCUAAAAGGUAUUUUCCUUUACAUGGGUGUAGCAUUAAAAUGGUAUCAGAUUACUGAAUGAAAGAAACACCAACUUCGUUAGAUAGACUGAUUACUCAAACCUCUCUUCUAUUAACAAAUGAAUAAUUUUUCAAACA